AUGGGAUGCAAUGUAUGGGGAUCCAUUCUCCAAAAGUCUUCAGCAAUCAACCAGUGCAACUCGGUGUGCAUUACUAAGGAGAGUGUUGUUAAUGGUUCUUGCACCGGACAUGGUUGUUGUGAAAGUCCCUUGCCUUCGUCCAGAGUGCCACUCCCCACAACAGCCUUGCCUUCGAUUGAUAAGUUGUUCUUCAUCACCCUCCAUUGUGAUGAUAAACAUCUGGAUUUGAUGAGUUACGGCAUGCGUACCUAUGGGUUUGUUGUAGAAGAUGGAAGCUAUGAUUUCAUCGAAUCAGAUCCUCAGGACUUCAAUAGGAAUAUUAGUAUGAAGCUUGAAUGGUCUAUCGGAGAAGGCAACUGCUCCCAAGCAAUGGAGUCGAAUUCCAGUCUAUGUGCAGAGAACAGCUACUGUAUCAAAUCGAAGAGAGGCUAUGGAUAUCGUUGCAAAUGUCUUCAAGGGUAUCAAGGGAACCCUUAUCUCCCCGGUACACUUGGAUGCCAAGAUAUUGAUGAGUGCAGUGCAAGGAGCAACUUAUGUGUGCCCAAAGCUACUUGCCAGAACAGAGUUCCAGGAUACGCUUGUAUCGACGAUGGCUCAACAGUCGCCAUUAAAAAGUCAUACGCAGUGGCCCAGAACCAAGUUCAUCAGUUCAUAGAAGAGAUUCUCAUCCUGACCCAAAUUGAUCACAAGAACAUCGCUAGGCUCUUGGGCUGUUGCUUGGAGACUCAAGUUCCUUUCCUAGUCUAUGAGUUCAUUUCAGGUGACACUUUAUACCAAAAACUCCAUGGAGAUGCUGACGAUUCAACUCCAUUAUCAUGGAAGAGCCGCCUCCAAAUAGCUACUGAAAUUGCAGAGGCUCUUUCACAUCUACACUCUUGUGCUUCAAUGCCAAUAGUUCACAGAGAUGUCAAGUCAUCCAACAUACUAUUAGACAAGAACCAUGAAGCCAAACUCAUCGAUUUUGGAGUUUCUAGGUUUAUUCCGCAGGAUAAAAAUUGGGUUUUGACAGUGUUGAAAGGAACUAGAGUGUACUUGGAUCCUGAAUACUUUGAAACGGGAAACUUAACAGAAAAAAGUGAUGUUUAUAGCUUUGGGGUGGUUUUGGUCGAGCUCUUAUUUGGGCAAGCAGCCAUUCAGCAUGAGCAGACACAAGCCUACAAUAUCCUGGUUACCCAUUUCCUGUCAUGUGUUGAAAGAAGGGACUUAUUCAAGAUCGUGGAUGAAGGAAUACUAAGGGAGGGGGGAACAGAUGAUUUGCAAGCAACAAUGGAGAUUGCUCGAAGAUGCCUGAGUUUUAAAGGAGAAGAGAGGCCAACAGUGAAAGAGGUUCAGAAGGAGCUAGCCUUAUUGAUUAGAUGA